AUGUCGACUUCCGCCGCACCUGAAGAGAGUACUAAGAAGAUGUUUACCCUCAGGAGCUCCGACUGCGAGGCCUUCGAGGUGGAGGAAGCGGUGGCGUUGCAGUUGCAGACUAUCAAGCACAUGAUCGAGGACGACUGCGCCGAGGGAGGCAUUCCUCUCCCAAAUGUCACUGGCAAGAUCCUGGCCAAGGUCAUCGAGUACUGCAAAAAGCACAUCAGGGCCGUCGCAAAAGAUAGCAGCAGCUUUGGCCUGAGCAGCAACGAGGACGAUGCACUCAAGACAUGGGAUGGGGAGUUUGUGAAGGAGUUGGAGGCAGACCAGAAUGUGUUGUUUGAUAUGAUUCUGGCGGCGAAUUACUUGAACAUCAAGGGCUUGUUGGAUGUGACGUGCACACAUGUUGCGGGCAUGAUGAGGGGGAAGACCCUCGAGGAAAUAAGAACAAUCUUCCAUAUCAAGAAUGACUACACCAAGGAUGAAGAGGAGGAGGUUCGUCGUGAGAAUCAAUGGGCUUUUGAGUAA